UGUAUGAUAGUUCGAAACUGAAUUCUUUUAUGAUACCCUCUCCAAAUCUUCAUAUUUUCAGGUCCCAACUGAACCAGGGUAUGAUGUGACACUGACAUUGAUGGUUCCAGAGCCACAUAUCACAAGACCAGUUUGGGAUGCUAAAAAAGCCGUAGAUGACUAUUUGAAACCAGUUGCUGACCAAAUAGAGAGUGUGGCUAAACUGAGUAUCAAAUCUCAGGUGUUGUACAUGACAGGGCUAAAUGUGUCACCACAGUGGUCAGAAUCAUACAUGCAUUAUGCCUUACCACAAGAUCAGCUGCCUCUCACCGUAAAUGCUAUUGAAGCUAAACUUGGUUCUUUUGUUUGGACACGACCGUCAUUACAUUUCAUAAUAUACAUUCCACGUGAGAAAGAAACACCGCUACAUAUUCAUACAGCAGAUGACCUACCACUUGAGACAAACAGUUUUCUUGUUCCAAAAAGAAGACAAAGAAGUGUUGUUACUUCCUUCACGGGACUCAACUAAAUUAACUGAAUGGCAGCUUGAUGGCUUGGCCCGUGCUCGUGUGUCUGCAUAUUUGUCCAACAUCAAGAUUACAUUACAGUUCCCUGAUCCCUUUGUCUCGUAUGAUCACAACUCUGGAUGCUGCUUCUACUUGAUACCUGCUGUCAGCUCAAUACAUUCCAAGUCUCUGUGUGAAUUGGUUGGUGAGAUAAGCAACAUGGUAAUCAGUGAUGAAGUUGGAGGAUGGGUGUGGGGUGCAGUAGAGGAGUGGAGGGAAUGUAGCAGUGCAGCAAGAGAAGGCAGGCUGCAAGAGGCAACUUUCUACUGUGGUCGAUCCUUCACCCAGGCUGAUGCUGCAUUCUUCCACCCAUCCUUGUUAGCACUCCUGUAUUUCCCGGAUAAUCAAAAGUAUGCCAUCUAUGUACCACUUUUUCUGCCAGUGAGCAUCCCAGUCAUCUUGUCCUUCAAAAUGCUCCUCGGACUGUACAAAGGGUCUGUAGCAUUCAAAGUAAAAAAAGAAUGAUGAUUUUGUAAUUUAUUUAAUAUGCAACAAGAUAAGUUUUGUUUGUUUUGGGGUUACAUGGUUACUAAAGAAAGAGUACUGAUGCAAAAAUCAACUGCAUUAACUUUUAUUUUGGGUUCAUAUCACUAAUAUUCAUGAGUCAUGUCUAGUUCAGUAUAUAUGAUAAUAACCUCCUAAAAAAUAUGAUUGUAGGCAUUCUUUGCUGGAAAAUGACGAUGAUUUUUUCUUUCUUUCUUUCUUUCUUUCUUUUCUAUUCUAAGCAGUUAUAUUAUUGUUUAAUGUACAAUCCAUUUUUAUUAAAACUAUUUUCUUAUGUAUAUAUGGACAGAAAUCAUAUUUCUCAAACUUUAAUGUUAACAUUGAACUUUCUAAAUGUCAUUGGCAAUCUGUCCGAACAUUAUACAUUUUAUGUAGUGUGAUAUUGUUCCAAGCCAUUCCAACUGCUAAGGUAAUGUGGCCAAAGAUAUAGCACCUUCAGAGUUUCAGGGGUUAAUUUUCCUAGGCUGUACUGGAUAUGAGAUGUAGACAGCAACUCUGUAACAUAUUAUGAGCCAAGUGUAGAUGAGGACUAACAAUUUCCCCACAUCUAUUUUUUGAUUAUACAUUUGAAAGAACUACUUCAGAAUUGUGGAGUUUGAGGCGUUGCUGUUUGUAGAUUGCUACAUUUUUAUAUGCAGAAUAUAUUCCUGUUUUCUGGGCAGGAUUGAAUGCCUCUCACAUCCUUGUAUCACUACAGAAGUAAUCUGACCUUCCUAUAAUGUGCAGACCAAGUAGUUGAGUGAUACCAGCAUCAUAUAGUGCCACUGCACUCAAUAUUGCUUUUUGCAACCUAUCACCUUGUAGGGUAAUUAGAUAGUAAUGGUGAUGGUUUUGAAAGUGAAAUGGAGACUGCAAGUCAGUUAUAAAUAGGUAGUUAUUGUACAAUACAAAAUUGGUGUUGAUUGUGUUGUAACCAUCAAUUUUUUUUAACCCAUUAGCAAUAGCAAAUCUGUGAUUUUUUCUUAGAGAAAAUGAAAGACACAACAAACACAUUUUGAGUAUUUUAUGAAUGUAUGACAUAGAUAUAACCAAAAAUAUAGAGAAUGGUACCAAGAAAAAGAAAUAAAGAAUUAUAGAUUGAUCAAUGACUGUUGCACCAGCUGGCGGCUUUCCUUCCAGGGUUUCCCUCAUACCACAGGUAUACUAGAUUAAUACAGUGACAUCACACCCAGUCAAGAACUAUGUUAAGGCUUAUGUCAGCAAGCUGGUAUUUUAUUGCUAGCUAGUUGCUUUUCUAAGUUUUUGUCAUACAAGAGGCAAAAAAUUUGUAAUACAUUUUUGCUGUUUACUUAGCCACAAGGUGAAAUAGAGCCCACCCAACAUAGAUUGUAAAUCAGAAAAUGCAAGCCUUUACAAGAUUACUGUAUUAUGUUAACAAAAUGAUGAAUGAUGCAGAUAUGUACUUGAUUAAGACAACGCCAACGUUGAAAAGUUUAAGAUUUAAUGGUAGUCUAGUUUCUUUCAGUUAUGAAACCUAUGUUUUUUGUAAGUGAAAAUGCAUAAUGAGAAGUACAGUAAUUCAAUUUCUGCUUUACUGAAGUGGAAUUUAUUGUGAGAAUGUAAAUGCAGCAAUAUCUACUCAAUGCAAUUUAUAUCUUUACAUCCAGAACAGUCAGUAUAAUAAUGUUAAUAUUGGUAAGAAUAAUUGUGUGCAUGUGUAUAUCUGUUUGUUUUGGGGCACAGAAUAGUGCUAAUAAACUUGUUUCUUAUUAUAUAUAUGUAUAGAUGUACACAUUAUCAUAUAGAGAAAAGCCAGUGUAUGUAUAGAAAUAAUAAAAAAGACCAUGUAA